AUCUUGUUUGCUUUAAAUAGAAAGGAAAAAAAAAAAGACAAUGACCUAUUUUAAUCAAACCAAUAAUAGACAUCCUCGGUAGCUAAACCGGACAAAACUAGCAAAUCUGCGGUCCGGCGAAUCCCCACGUUUUGGAACGCCGGGAAAAUGGUCCCGCCGGAAUAGACAGUUUUCGUCUCAUUAGGAUUGUCGAGUGAAUUCCCUCCUUGUGAACCACAUAAACAGAUUGUCCGAAAUCAUUGUGUUAUAAAAUAAAUAUCUUGAUAUUCAACUGCCCGUCUGGCCGUCUUUGUCCUUUGCCGCCCAAAUCUUUAAUUCUUGAAGCUUUGCCGCCAUUGACGACUUCUCCUCCAUGCUCGCCGCCGACCCCAUUGUUACUAUAAAUCACACUUCUAAGUUCUAAAAACAUGCACUCACGGUCACACAGUCUUUCCCUCUCUCACUCUCUGUUUUACUCCAGUCCUUCCAUAGCCAGACAAUCGAGCGGUGAUCAAGAUCAUGAAGGAACUCUGCCUUCUUCUUCUGCCGCUUCUCCUCCUCCUCCUUGUAACGGCCGACGAGGCCUGGUCUUCGUAUCCGGCGAGCGGCGAGGUGCCGCCGGCGGAGGUGAGGGAGGUGUACGGCAACGGCCGGCUGUUCGACAUUACCCACAGGUUGAAACCCGACCUGCCCAAGUUCGAUUCGACUGGCGGGAUUGGGCAGCUGUAUACGCUGGUGCAGAGCAUCAAGAACGGCUCGUCGUAUAACGAAGGGGAGAUCAACCGGUUGCUCACCCACACCGGAACCCACGUCGACACGCCGGGUCAUUUCUACCAGAAGUACUUCGAGGCCGGCUACACCAUCGAGUCCCUCGACCUGGACGUCCUCAACGGCCCAGCAUUGUUGAUUGAUGUUCCCAGGGACAGUAACAUUACUGCUAAAGUAAUGGAGUCACUGCAAAUCCCAAAAGGAACCAGACGUGUGUUGUUCAGGACUCUGAAUACCGAUAGGCGUUUGAUGUACCAGACGAACUAUGAUUCAAGCUAUGUCGGGUUCAUGACCGAUGGGGCUCGGUGGCUUGUGGACAACACAGACAUCAAACUUGUUGGAGUUGACUACUUAUCUGUUGCUGCCUUUGUCGACCUCGUUCCUACUCAUCUAGCUCUCCUGAAGAACAGGGAAAUCAUUAUCGUCGAAGGUAUGAAGCUUGACAACAUUGAAGCUGGACUGUAUGUUGUUAAUUGCUUGCCUAUCAGGCUGGUUGGAGCUGAUGGAGGGCCAACAAGAUGCAUUCUCGUCAAGAAUUAGGACUUAGUCUAGUGGUAAUUACACUAGUUUUGGAAUUUGUAGAUUUGAAAAGUUCAACUUUCUUAAAUAGCAUCCAGUCACAAAUAAAAAUAAACCUAUAUUACUCCUUAUAAAAAUAAAAAGAUGCAUUCUCAUCAAAUAACCAUAUGUGUAAAGUAAUAUGCUAUGUUGUAAUUUUUUUAUAAGGUUGAUAUAGUAUUAUUAAAGAGAAACAAAAUAGAAGGAAAACAAGACAGUCUCCAAAGAAACAUGGCAGAGAAACUGCGCAAGUGAGCGGGGAAAGAAGCAAAAGCAGAUAGCAAAAGCAAAACAGACAGAGACAGAGACAAACAAAGGCAGCAGGAGGAGACAACUCAGAACAGGAAGCCAGGAUGACCGGGGCAAAAAUCCUGAUACCGAGGAGUGGAGACUGUCUC